AUGGGAGCAAGGCGAGCGGCCAGUAGCAACAAGGGAGGGUGGUGGCCGGGGCGGGCAGCCAUGGGGAAGGCCGCGAACGGCGGCAUAGCAAGAGGGAGCGGGGGAGCGGGGGCGUGUGAGCGCCGGCGCCGAGCGGAGGAGAGGAGCCCAAAGGGCGUGGGGCACUUGCGACAGGGGACGCACGGGGGGAAGAGGGUAGGCAUGCUAAGGGCCGGGGAACAGAAGAGCGGGGAAAGGGGCGCAAGAGGGGGCCGUUGUCGAGCAAGCCGGAGGGGCCAGGCCAGCCGGGGGGUCGGGGGCCGACAAAGGGGGAGCAGCCGGAGAGAAGAAAAGCCGGAGGGACGUUCAAGAUUUCGAGCGCGGCCAGGGGAGAGAACGGCCCACAGGGUCAGCGGGGAAAGCGGAGAGAGGAACCGGCGCAGACGAACGGGCCAAGCCAGCAUAAGGGAGUCAAGCGCAGAAGAAGAGGAGGUGGAGCGAAAGCGGGAGUCAGCUUCGCGGAAGGCGGCGAUGAGAGAAAGAAUCCAAGGAGAUCACACUGGGGGAAGAGGGAUGUGCCGAGCCAGGCAGAAACGGGGGGACCCCAAGGAGGCAACGGGCGGGAAAAAGCAAAGUGGGCCGAAAGGAGACAGGCGGCCGCGGAGACCAAGGGGGCGGCCCAAAAGAGGGAAGAGGGAAAGGCGAAGGCUGGGGGGGCGCGGGAGAGACGGGCAAACGGGGUAG